AUGGGGACGAAGAAUCUGCAUCAAUUGGAGUGUCUGCCUGAAGAACAAUGUUGUUCAUUGUUCCAAAAAAUCGUGUUUGAAGAAUGUAAUGUGGCAGGAAACGUGCGUGCAUCUCUGGAAAAGACUGGUAGAGAAAUUGUAGGAAAGUGCAAAGGCCUGCCUUUGGCAGUAAAGGCAAUGGCAGGUCUCUUGCGUGGUAAUGAAGAUGUGAACAUAUGGAAGAGAAUCCUAAAGAAUGAAAUAUGGGAGGCAGAGAAAGGAACUGCCCAAACAGAGAAGCCAUUGGUUUUGCCUGCUCUAAAAUUGAGUUAUGACCAUUUGCCUUCUCAUCUGAAACAGUGUUUUGCAUACUGUUACAUAUUUCCCAAGGCGUAUGUGUUCGAUAAGAUAGAGCUGGUCAAAGUGUGGAAGGCACAAUCUUUUGUUCAAUCUAGUGGACAAGAUACAAUUGAUGAAGUUGGAGGUGAUUAUUUUGAUGAGUUGUUAAUGAGGUCCUUCUUUCAAGUUUUCAAAAUUGAUGAUAAGAAGAGAUAUAGGAUGCACGAUCUUAUACAUGAGUUGGCACAAUCUGUUUCAAGCCCCUAUUGCUGCCAAGUCAAAGCUAACGAGCCAUGCCAUGUCUCUGACAGAUCUCGUCAUGUAGCAUUGCUUCGCAACAAUGCCGAGCAGGCUGCGUUGGAAGUUAUUGGUAAAUCUAAGAAGUUACGAACAUUUCUAUUCCCUGGUGAGCACUUGAAAUCCUUUGGGCAGGCCCUUGACAAAAUCUUUCACAGUAUGAAAUACAUGCGCUUGUUAGAUUUGAGUUCAAGCACAAUGCUAGAAUUGCCAGAAUCUGUUAAAGAGAUGAAGUUGUUGCGCUACCUCUACCUCUCUCAAACUGAGAUCAGGAAACUUCCCAAAUCUAUUUGCAGCCUCUACCAUUUGCAAACUCUGAAACUCCUAGGGUGCCUUUGGCUUUUCGAAUUGCCCAAAGACCUUGGGAACUUGACUAACUUGCAGCAUCUCGAGCUAGAUGAAAUGUUCUGGUACAAGUCAUCCACAUUGCCACCAAGAAUGGGAAGCUUAACCAAUCUACAAAAUCUGCAUGUAUUUCAUAUUGGCCCAGAGAGCGGAUAUGGAAUUGAUGAACUAAAAGGCAUGAUUUAUCUCAAGGGAACACUGCGUAUCUCAAAGCUCGAACAUGCAGUAAAUGCAGAGGCGGCAAAGUUGAAGGAAAAAGAAGGGCUCGAGAAGGUGGUGUUUGAAUGGAGUGAUACAGAUGGUCGUCCACGAGAUGAAGCAGCCGACGAAGGAGUGCUUGAAGACCUUCAACCACACUCAAAUCUCAAAGAGCUCCAAAUUUUCCACUACAAAGGUACCAGAUUUCCAUCUUGGAUAAGAGAUGGGCUGCUCCAAAAUAUUGGUACCAUUUCCAUAAGUCAUUGUACAAGGUGCAAAAUCCUCUCUCUUGGGGAGAUGCCACGCCUUGGGAAUCUCUACAUUAAAGGAAUGCAGAACUUGGAGGAAUGGCCCGAGGUGCAAUAUCCUUCUCUUCACAAACUCAAAAUCAGCAGCUGCCCAAAGCUAAAGGAGUUACCUUAG